AUGCAUUAUUUUAAAGAUCACCCAUAAGACUCUGAAUUAAUAGUUAAUAAUCUUAGAUUAUUAAAUUAUGAUAUCAAAGAAGCAAAUACAACAUUUCGAUUAAAUGUUGAAUUGUUAUCAAUUGAAAAUAUGAAGUUGCAUCCUAAAUUAACAAUUAGUAUUAUUCAUUUUCUUGUCUCUAAAUUAUUUGAUGAUGACUCAUUUAUUAAUUCAUUCAAAAAUAUGUAAUAUAUUGUAUGAAAUAUCAAAAAGGUAUCCACCAAGAACUUAAAUUGAAUAAUCAGUUUACAAAUAAGAAAUAGCUAAAUUUUUAAAGAAUUCUAAUAAAAUACCAAAGAACUUUAUGAUAACUAAGAUAAUGAUGGAUUAAAGAAUUUUUAUAUUUCUUAGAUAUAUAAGCGAAUUUGCUUUAAGGGCAUAAUUCCUAUUUUAAUUUCCAAUCAAAUAAUUAAAAACAUUUUAUUUAGAUCCAAAAAGAUUGUUAAUUGAAGAUCGACCUUGUAUUAAUGAUUGUAAUGAUAUGUUCAUAAUAUCAAAUUAUUAAUUUGAAAAUUUACAGAAUUUAAAUAUACCUAUACAAAUCAUCAAAAUAUUGACUGGUUUAAUAGGACAUUAAAUCUUAGUUUAAGUUAAAAAAUUAAAAAAAUUACUCAAAGAAAAUUGUUUAUUUAUUGAUUCAAUUAUACCUACAAUAGACUAUGUCUCAUAAUAAUUAAAAACUGAAAGAGAUUUUUCAUUAAAAUUAAUUCAAUAGCUUUGUAUAUUAAAUUAUUAUUAUAUUAGAAAAUUGUAAAAAUUAAAUAUCACCAUAAUAUUUAAGUAAAGAAAGAAAGUUAGAUCGUAAACCUUAAUUAGAUUAAUCAUAUAAAGUAUUUAAUGGAAUUCAAAAUAUAAUUAAAUAAUUUUAAGAAUAAAAAAUGGAUAUAAAUAUGAGUUAAAUUUAAUCCACAAUAAGAUUAGAUAAAUUUUGUGAAGAGGGUAAUUUGAAUAAACUUCAUGAAAUUCAUAAUAAUAAAAUAUAGAAUUUAACAAAUUAAGUUGAGAAGAUUGAAAAAGAAACUUGGGUAAAAGAUAGAGGAGUUAAAUGUUUAUCAUAGUCUGAAGAAACUUUAAAUAAAAUAAAAGAACUCAAAAAAUUAGUUUAAUCUAAAAGGAUAAACAGUAACUGA